AUGACGGGGUCUGACUUUUUGUCGGAGGAUGAACGCUCAGUCGAGCUGUCCUCCAUCGCUGCCAUCUACCCUGAAAUCAAAAUAGAUCCAGCCUUUCCCUUCAGGGCCUCUUUGGAUAUACCGGUCAAGCCUUCAACACCCUUACCUGUCUGCUUCGAGCAGCAAUUAGACGCUGGAUUCCCAGAGGUGUUGACUCCUCCUACUUCCCUCGAUGCCAGCGAUGUCGGACUCGGAUUUGCAACCAAGGACGACGGACGGGAUGUCCAUACCCUCUCGCACCUGCCGCCUCUCAGUCUUGAGAUUGAUCUCCCAGAAGGUUACCCCUCUGAAAAGGCGCCCAUUUUCAGGCUCGAGACAAAUCCACCAUGGCUCCCGCACUCGAUCAUCUUGCGCCUCACGGAGGAUGGCAACCGUCUGUGGGAAGAAUGUGGGAGGGAUCUCGUUGUGUAUACGUAUAUUGAUCACCUCCAGCAAUUGGCAGAGACAGCUUUUAGCGUCAGCGACACGGCUGACCAGGAAGUGAGACUUCCCCGUGACAUAAAAAUAGCAUUGCUGGAUUUCAACAACAAGGCAGAGCGGGAAAAGUUCGAACAAGAGACCUUCGAAUGCGGGGUUUGCCUCGAGCCCAAGAAGGGAUCAGUUUGCCACCGCCUUCUGUUGUGUUCCCAUGUUUUCUGUGUUUCAUGCCUGCAAGACUUCUACAACAGUUGUAUCACAGAGGGAGAUGUUGACAGCGUCAAAUGUCUGGCACCCGAUUGCGGCAAGGAGAAAAACGGUAUACCCGAGACGGGGAACCAGUUGAAAAAGCGCAAGAAGCACGAUCGAACUCUUAGUCCGAGCGAGCUGCUUCAGAUACCAUUGGACCAAGAGACAGUCCAGCGCUAUGUCUUUCUGAAACGAAAGAAGAAGCUCGAGUCUGACAAGUCGACAGUUUACUGCCCUCGACAGUGGUGCCAGGGUGCAGCUCGGUCGAAGAAGCAUCCGAAGCCCAUCGAUCCCAUGUCAGAUGACGUUGACUCGUCUGACGAGGAGGACGGCUUUGCGUUUGAUCCGAACGGAGAUGAGGCCCAACUGCCGCCAAUGGCGGAUCGUGUUGCCAUCUGUGAAGAUUGCAACUAUGCCUUCUGCAGCGUCUGUAAGAAAGGUUGGCAUGGUGAGUUGGUGCGGUGCUUCCCUCGGCGGGAGGCGGAGCUGUCAGCCGAAGAGAAAGCGACAGAGGAGUACCUAAGGCUUUACACGUCACCUUGCCCAACAUGCGAUGCACCCUGUCAGAAACGCAUGGGCUGCAACCAUAUGAUAUGUUUCAAGUGCAGUACCCAUUUCUGCUAUCUUUGUUCGAGCUGGCUCUCUGAAGACAACCCUUACCGGCACUUCAACGACAUCAACAGCCAGUGUUAUAAUCGAUUGUGGGAUUUGGAGGGAGGAGAUGGCAUUGACCCCGAGGGUCCAGAGGCUCUCCACCGAAUACCUAAUGAUCUGGUCGAUUUUGACGAACCGAGUGAUGACGAAGGUGCUCCUGUCCUGGAGUUCCGUGAAGAUGAGAUCGCACACCGAAGGCGACCUCCGCCUCCUGCACCGGUGCCACCGCAAGUCAACCAAGCUGCAGGUGGUCAUGGUCAUCGGAAUCGUGGCAAUGAUGCGAAUGUUCUGGAUGCAGCAGGCAGGGCAGCAGCCGCAGAGAGGCAGGCUCAGGCGCGAGCGAUAGCUGAGGUGCGAGCGCGUCCUCGGCAACAUGACGGGCAAGCUGCAGUUCAGCCGCCUCGACCAGGACGAAUCCAUCGGCCAGGCCUCCAGAGGUUUUUGGAUCUGGUUCAAAAUGAUCGUGAGGAUGAAUGGGACAGUGACGAAUUGGAUGACGACUUCUGA